AUGACUCAAUCAAUUCUUGGGUCAAGUCCUUUCGUUUUUAUAGUUCUUGACUGUUUUUAUUAUAUCGCAGGUGAAAAAAUCACUGGGGAAGUUUUAUUAUAUUUACCUGAAUCUUGUCCUCCUGGAUCACUAGUUUUUAUGUCUAGUGGAAUAGAAGAGGUCUAUCUAUAUAAUGACGAUAAUAAAGAAAAGCCAGUUGAAGAAGACUGCAACGCUAUUUUCGACUUAAGAGAAGUUAUUAAAGAAUGGAGGACAAUGAUACCUGCAGGACAAUAUGUUUUCCCUUUUGCAUUUAAGCCGCCCCGCUAUGCACCCUCAACUUAUUAUUUUGCAGGAAACGUUUCGACUGAUAAAUAUAUAAAAGCUGAGGUUUCUUAUAAAAUCACAGCAAAACUGACAAUAAAUGCGCACCCAGAAAGAUCGUUACAGCAUCAAAGAGUAAUGAUUUUAAGAAACAAAAACACAAGAACUAAGCCAAAUCCUAUUAUGGAAAUUACACAUAUUGUGAGCGGCUGCUGCUGUACCAAAAAAGGACUUACUCAUUUUAAAUUGAGUGUAUUAGGAGAUUGCCAUUGUCAAUCUGAUGGGAAAAUCAAAUACAAUUUGACCCCAGACAACUCAAAAUGCCUUGCAAAAAUCACAAGAGUAAUUGGGCAUGUUGUGCUAGAUCUAGAAUUUACCAUAAAAUCAAGGGUGUAUAAUAUAAGAAAAGAUUUAUCGUCAGUGACUUCUUGAAUAAAUGUUGAAAAUGGAGAUAUUUUAGACAAAGACUUUGAACAUGCAGCAGAAAUCGCUCUUCAUGAAGAUAUGAACACGUCGAGCAAUUAUUCGGUAUUGAUAAAAUGCACACAUUUUAUCGAAGUAUUAGUGUUUUAUGAACUUGCUUGCAAUAAAAAACCUGUCAGAAUAAGGCUUCCUGUUCAUGUAGAUCCUAAGGAUUCUGUAUUUAAACGUGAAGACCCAGUACUUCCAAGGCCCUGGGAGCCUGAUGAAGCUCCUAUAAUGAAUUUCAUGAUACCUGAGAGUAGGCAGUCAAGCUCCUACUGUGAAACAGUUGCUGAUAUAAAUUCUUCACCUUAUUAA